AUGGCGCCAGCCACAGACUCGGAAUUGACGGUUCUUCCAAACAACACUAACAAGACCUGGGUCAAGGAUAAGGGCCUCCGGAAACUGAAUCUGGGGAUUGGGUUGAUCUUUUGUUCCGCCGCGACAUCGGGGUACAAUGCCAGCUUGAUCAAUGGGCUUCUCGUGCUGCCCGAGUUCCGCGCGCUCAUGGCCGGGCUGAGCCCGAAACUCCUCGGCCUGGUCAUCGCCUCCGCUUCCCUGGGCGCCAUCAUGUCCUACACGCCUGCGUCCUAUAUCGUCGACAUCCUGGGCCGGAAGACGGGGAUUGCCAUCGGAUCGAUUCUGACGAUCUGCGGCGCCGUGAUCCAGGUUGCCGUCCCCAAGCAGUGGGCAUUCUUCGGCACUCGAGUCCUCGUUGGAGUUGCCAUGGGAGUAUCACAAACCGCAGCACCUUUGUUGGCCACCGAGAUCGCGCACCCGCGCCAGCGCCAGACCGCUACCGCGCUAUACAACUCAACCUGGUGUGCCGGGUCGAUUACGUCGGCUGCGGUGACGUUUGCCACCUUGAGUGUGUCUGGCAGCUGGUCGUGGCGGAUCGCAAGCUUGUUGCAGAUAUUCUACCCCAUCGCGCAGCUGAUCGGCUUGCUAUUUUUGCCGGAAAGCCCGAGGUGGCUGGUGUCGAAAAACCGGAAGGAUGAGGCGCUGGAUAUUCUCGCGCGGUACCAUGCCAAUGGCAAAGCCGAUGAUGAGCUCGUGCAGCAUGAGUUCCAGCAGAUCUGCAGUAGCAUCGGCGCGGACGCAGACUUCAAGCCCCGGCCCUGGAGUUCUUUUUUCUCUUCGAGGGGCGAUAUCCAUCGUCUGGCGAUUUGUAUAUUGGUGGGAUUCAUGCAGGAAUGGGCGGGCAAUGGCAUCAUCACCUACUACCUUUCGCCUAUCUUGACCUCCAUCGGCAUCUCCAAUUCCAGAGACCAAGCAGCCGUCAACGUGAGUCUGCAGGCUUGGAAUCUCUGUUUGUCGGCAGCAGGCGCCGUCGCCUCGGAGCGAUACGGGCGACGCAUCCUGUGGCUGCUAGCAACAGGAGUGAUGCUGUUUUUCCUCAGCAUCAUCACAAUUUUCGCCAGCCUCUUCACUGAGCGACACAUCACACCCGCGGGCAUCGCCGUGGUCCCCAUGUUCUUCCUUUUCUUCUCUGCCUUUGACAUCGCGUAUGCACCGCUGUUUAUCGCGUAUCCGGCUGAGAUUCUCCCGUUCCAACUUCGCGCCAAGGGCCUGGCGAUCACGCUCACCAUGGAUUCAGUGGCAUGUUUCUUUAACCAGUAUGUCAACCCCGUAGCGUUCACCGCGCUUCAGUGGCGAUACUAUAUCGUCUACGUGGGGUGUCUGGUUGUGUUCUUCAUUUUGGUGUAUUUCCUGUUCCCGGAGACCAAGGGGAGGUCCCUGGAGGAGGUGUCGAUGAUUUUUGAGCGGAAGCAGGUGCUCGAGGAGAAGCGUGUUGCGGUGGAUUCGGAAAAGAAAGGGGGUAUCUUUGCAGUGUGA